AUGCCAGGUUAUCAAUUCUACAACGCAACUUUGACCAUCUUACCAUCUUCGAUAAACUUUACGCAGUUUCAUAAAAUCAUUGCUACAAUGAACAAGGGUAAAAACAGAGAGCAGGAACAGGAGGGAGAUCAGAAGGGGGAUAACAAGGAAGAUCAGAAGGAAGCUCAAGAACCAGGUUUUCGUACCUGGAAUUAUGCAGCCGGAGAUCACAAAUCAUGGAGUACAGCGGAAGUAUAUUUUGCCACAAGUUUCGAAACAAGAUACAAGAAUUAUGGGGAACCCGAGUUGCCUGCUUAUAAAAUUGCCGCCGCAGUGGCAAAGUUGAUGAACUUUGUGGUCGACCAUGGAGGGUAUAUCAAUUCAACAAGACGCUAUACCAAUGCUUCCAUUUCGUAUAAACUUUACACCACACAAAGCCAUCCACGAGAGCUAUGCCUUGAGGAAUUUGCGGAUGCAACAUAUAAGUCUCAAUUACAGGAUUGGGUAGAGUACAUUGUGAACUGGGCUUUUUCGGAACUAGGUGGAAUUGGUAAUUUUGAAGAGCAUUCCGCUUUCAAAAGAAUUCGAAAGCCAAAUCCGCCUCCUCGCCUUCAAGCCCCUUCCGAAGUGACCGGUUACCCAGGUCCGAGGGCUACCGUUAAAGUAAAACAAACCGAUACACCCAUUCUUCAUGGCGAGUCAUCUAAAUCAGAAUAUUAUACCGAUGAACAAUUAAUCGCUUUGGAGCAAAAGCCAACCAGGGAACAAAAGCCAAUUAUGACUGGGCGUGAUAAAGAUGGCAAUCCCAUUAUGAGUCUGCCAGGACUCAUUUUGGCUGAGCGAGGUAUCGCUAGUUGCUCCGGCGGUCAAGCCCAACUUUCCCAAGAGUCCGCCUGGGGCAGCUCGGAAUAUAAAGCAAUUACCCGAGGGGUUGAAGAGAUCGGUUUGACUAGUGCUACAACUCAAGCCCUAUAUCCGUCAGGCGCCUCCACAUCCACUUCUGGUGCUGAAAUCCCGUAUUCGUGGUCCCGACAAACUGAAGAGCCCAUGGACGGGUUUGCAACUCAAUGGGAAUUCGCAAGGGGGAAAAAACAUCUAUAAUUCAGGUGGGGUACUGAAUGGGUAGAUAAUAGAGUUCGAAAAUACUACUGGAAAUAUUAUCCUGUAUGGCAGGAUUCGGAAAAUGCUAAGCAGGAAGGUGUCAUGCAAUGGUUGACAGCCCCUGAUGGACGGUUGUAUUAUCAAGCUGUAAAGAAGGUGAUAGGCGGAACCACCGAACAUUUCACUGACGUAAAAGAGUUGGACAGGCAAAAGAAGGCAGGGUUCGAACCGAACAAUUAUCGUGCACCUCCGAAGCGGGCUGAGAAUAAUGGCGAGGCUGAAGGUUCGAGUGAACAGCACAAGAAUAAAAGGGCAAAGCAUAAUUAG